CCCACCAUUUGGAGUUUGCAAUUAUAAUAUUUCGGUUUUUCGGUCGGAAAUUCGGAAAUUCUGUUCGGUUAAAAGAACUUUAAUUUUCGAACUAUCCAUAUUUUCUUUCCGAAUUCCAAACCGAAUAGCAUUAAUUCGGUUUCGGUUUGGGUUUACCGAACCAUUUGCCCACCCCUACUUGGCUCCCUCGUCUUUCUUUGGCAUCGUGCCUCCUGUAAUGAAAAAAAAAAAAAAAUCUUGGUCUUUGGAUUCCACAUUUUUUUAAAGGUGAAAAGGCUAAAGUUGGAAAUUUUGGGAAAAUUUAAACGAUAUGGGAAAUGGGGUCCAUGGAGACUGGACUGGAGAGGCAAAUGGUGAUGGGCAAAAGAGUAAUUUCCACCUCCCCGCCACGAGAUGUCAGAUGAGCAGAGCCCGCGACCGCCGUGAGCCCGUGAUUCAUUGAACAAACACAUCAUACAUCCCAGCCCAAAGUUUCUCUCUCUUAUCUCUCUCCCCCGCGGCCGAAAACUCGACGCCGUUCUCUUUCUAACUCCUUACUUUCUCUUUCCCGUCGCCUCAAUUUCUCUCGCGGAACAAAUUCGUCAAAACCGCUUUCUGUAGAUCGCGAUACCUGCAAUGGAUUCCUUCCCAUAACCCUAGUCACUCCCUCUUCCCUCGGUCUCCGAUCAAUCCAGCCGUCGCUGUUUGAACGAUUUAGUAAUGGACGGUGAAGUCCAAAAAGGAGAUAGUCCAGGCGCUCCGGCCAGCGGUGGUGGCGGCGGCGGAGGAGAUGUAGCGAAGGCACCGGUGGCGCCGAUGGCUGCGCAGUCGAACGCGCCGCCGCCGUUCCUCAGCAAGACGUAUGAUAUGGUGGAUGACCCGGCCACCGACUCCGUGGUGUCGUGGAGCUCGACGAACAACAGCUUCGUGGUGUGGAAUCCGCCGGAGUUCGCUCGGGACCUGCUCCCCAAGUAUUUCAAGCACAACAACUUCUCCAGCUUCGUUCGGCAGCUGAAUACAUACGGCUUUCGAAAAGUAGACCCAGAUAGGUGGGAAUUUGCAAACGAGGGUUUCUUAAGAGGACAAAAGCAUCUCCUUAGGACCAUAACCCGGCGGAAACCAGCACAAGGUCACACCCAACCACAACCCCAGCCCUCCCACUCCCAGACCUCAUCUGUUGGUGCUUGUGUCGAGGUUGGGAAAUUUGGGCUUGAGGAAGAAGUCGAGCGGCUCAAGAGGGACAAAAACGUACUUAUGCAGGAACUUGUCAGGUUGAGACAGCAGCAACAGGCUACCGACGGGCAGUUGCAGACCAUGGUGCAGCGGCUUCAAGGAAUGGAGCAGCGACAGCAGCAGAUGAUGUCGUUUUUGGCAAAGGCUAUGCAGAGCCCCGGGUUCUUGGCCCAGUUUGUACAACAGCAGAAUGAGAAUAAUCGGCGCAUAUCCGAGACUAACAAAAAACGGAGGCUCAAGCAAGAUGGAGUCACGGAUAAUAAUGAGCCUUCGAGUGUUCCUGAUGGCCAGAUAGUUAGGUAUCAGCCAUUGAUGAAUGAGGCAGCGAAAGCCAUGAUGAGGCAGAUCAUGAAAGUUGAUUCUUCUUCCAGUGCGUUGGACAACGGAAACUCUCCUGCGCGUAUAUCCGGCGUAACUCUCCAAGAGGUUCCACCAGUUUCUGGACUCUCAGGGAAUAGUCCUGUUGCCAUGGUAUCUGAAAUACAAUCAUCUCCCUCUAUUACGAGUUGUGAAAGCACUAUUGCAGCAUCUCAGUUCCCAGAGGCAGCUUCUAUUCCCAUGAUUCCCGAGCUUUCUCAAAUUCCGGAAAUGGUACCCCAAAGUACGACUGAUCUUCCGCUGGAUGAUUACAUGGAACCAGAUACAGGAAACGAUUGCUUUAUACCAUCGUCAUUGGAUAUGAAUGGAGCAAUGCAGACAUUCGAUCUAGGUAACAUUCAUCUUGAUCCCGACGAUAGUCUUGAUGCGCUGCUGGCUCCAGGGUUCUGGGAUGAACUGAUCGUGCAAAGCCCGGUUCCCGACGAUAUUGAGUCGAGUUCCAUGGAUGCCAAGACCGAGCAUAUGGACCAGCUGACUGAGCAAAUGGAGCUUCUCUCGUCAGAGGCCAAGAAGCUGCUUUAGUUGGGUUUUUACCACUGCUCCAUCAUAAUAUGGCUCUCCUUCCUCCCCAAUCAUUCAAGGUAAAAUAUUUUGCAACUCGUUGGCUCCAAGGAAAACAGCCAUCGGAGAGGUCUUGUACUGUUUCUACCCCAGUGGCUAGUCCCUCAAUUCUGCACAUAUAGAAGAAUUAUGAAAGGUGGAGAAGUUUCAGCCUUACUCAUAUACUUUUUACUAAUUUGUCUCUCUUACCCUAAUCAUUUUCAGUAGUGCAGAAAACGAAACUCCGUGUGAUAUCGAAAGUCCCGCUCUCUUGUGUUCCUUUUGAGACAGCCAUUGGAUCUGCAAGUUUUUUAGUCUGAAAUAGCUCUACUGUCAUGCAUGUCUUUCCUGGAAUUGAUUUCUCUGUAAUCGUCCCGGGUAGAUCUGGAUUAACAUAACCAUCUCUUAUUAGGAUGAAGCCUUGCUUUGAAUUGGUUGGAGUGUUAUGUUAAUCCAGUUUGCGGUCCUUGUUACCUGAAAUUUCAGCCGUGGUUCUUGGGAUGGGAUAUGUCAUGUACAGAGAAAUACCGUGUGUUCCAAGGUUCCCGUAAUGUAUGUCUUUUCUGUCUAGCUUAUAGGUGGUGGUUCAGUGUAGUGAUUUCUUAACUAAAUUGAUUUUGAGGUUAGGGUUGAAUGUUUGGCUACAAUUUAUGUUCAGUUGAGAUGGUAAUGGUUUAAUAGUGCGAUAAUGCCACAGAUUUACUUCUAAGAACUCUUCUGAUAAUAGACAGCAAAACCAAGCACAGAAGAAAACAUGACUGCGCUCAGUGAUGCUCUUAGGGGUCGAUCGGUGCUUGUCGAGCAUGUCCUUAUGAUUUUUAUGUAUGAAAUUUGUCAUCUUCGAGUCAAUAUUGUCUCGUGGAACGCCCUUGUGAUUUACGACGCAUGAACUAUUAGAAACAUACCAGCAACGUAUGUUCUAACUAAUCCCUAAUCUAAAAAAAAAGUACGUUCUAACUAAUAACGUUUGCAGACGAAGAAUUUAGUGAAAUGUGUAAGGAAAAAUAAACGACAUGAAAGAUGCAUUUGUCAAGGAUCUUGGUAGAAACAACGGUUUUGUUGACGUAUAAUAUACUAGGCAAAGAACCAAUUGUUUUCACUAAUAACAAUUUGUUUUUUUUUUUUUUUUUCUUCUUUUUGUGUGAUGAUCAUUGGAAAUUUGUUCAUUCAACCAAAUGUCUUGUGGGACAAGGACAACUAACAACUAUGAGCUCUUGCUUCUAAACAAUCACAAGUAAAACCAAAAUAGCUUUUGCUUGGCAAAAUACUUGUCAACCAGAACCAUCUUUUGCUAAACCUAGAUGAUGGAAAUCGAAAUUUUAGGCAAUUUCCAUUUGAUUUGCAUUUUAUAAUCCUCAUUUGCUUGAUUCAUCACGAAAUGUCCUUGAUUUUCAAUUUUUUUUAUAUAAUGAAUGAAUAAAGAAUGUGUGAAUUUAAUAGUUUUAUUUUUUUCUAAGUAUCUCGGCAAAAUUAUUCAAUACAAUUUCAAAAGUUUA